GCUACAUUGCUGCCUACAGACAUGGCUGACCAGAGCCAGAAUUCAGCACAGGAACCAUUAAAGGAAGGAGAACCAGUCCAGGACUCCACACCUGAAGACAGACCACAGAUCACAACUGUGAGUAAACUGGAAGUAACUGAAGGGGAACUAAAACCUGACCAGAGUGGAGAUUCUGCUGAUGUGCAGCUUAAAGAAGGAGAGAAGAUCGAGGCAAGACCUGGUGAUAAAUCUCUCUGCAAUCCUUUUAUGGAAAACAACAAAGGUCUGGAAGAAUAUGAAAAAAUACUCCGAAGACUUCAUCUAAAAGACCAACAUCAACGGACGUUGACAUCAGAGGACUUUAUUAAAAUAGGUCCACCUGUAAAUCAGACUAAUCACAUCUUUGAGGAAGAUCUAGUUUCUACUUUUCUUCAGAGGUUAUUGAUGUUAGAUUACAGGGCAAGAUACAUUCCUGUACAACAAAAAAGUUCUAAUGCUAAAGAUUCACAGGUUCUUCCAGUGUCUGAAAGUGAUUUUACAGGAGAUGUUUUAGAUCUUCUUUUCACAACUACUGCAGACUCCAAUCAAUCAAAAGAGGAUCAUAUACACCCAAUGGAUGUUCAAAUGGCAAUAUUUCACUGCUCUGAUAACUUUCUGAGACAGAAAAUGAUUGCCAAGUUGUCCCAGUGUCAGUAUGCUUUACCAUUGCUUGUUCGUCAUCCUGCAAAGGCAGAUAUUGAGUAUCCUCUCUGGACAUUAAGACAAAUAUCAAAAACAUGGAAAAUAUGCACCAAGGCAGAAAACUCAAACAUUGUUGAAAUGAAGAGCAUGCCAAUCUACAAAGCCAAGAUCCCCCUUGUUUCAUUUUUCCGACUGGGCUCCUUGUCUGUGUCCAAAUCUCAGCUGAUGAACGCCUUGAUCAAUGAUCGCCACAACACAUUCUUCCAUAGAAACUGUCCAGGCAGCACAAAAUCUCGUCAUUUGAUGGAUGGUGUGGCAGAAAUUGCCUGGUACUGCCCUGCUGGAAAAUCCAAUGACUUCUUUAACGACUGUGUUGCUUUCUGUAAUCUUCAUGGGGAUUCUUUAGAAAUGGUCAAACAGCGUGAAAUACUGACUGAAAUAUCCUCAGUCAUUGUUGUUCUCAUACAAACUUUGGAAAUGAGCCAGGAAAGUAAGGCAAUCAUUUCAAUGCUUUUCAAGUCUCAAAAACCUCUGGUAAUUCUCGGUGCUGACAAUGACUGUAGUGCAGUUCAGAUGACACCGCAAAAAUACAAACUGGGUCUGAAAGAAAGAAGCCAAUCAGAUGUUUCAGAAGAACUGAAAGAAAUAAUAAGAAACAUUUUGUCUGGACCCCACAAAAGCUUCCAGCUUGAAACUAUGGAAAAAAUGACAAAUGAAGUCAGAGUGGAUGAAGAGGCAGAGGCCUGCCAAAAUGGGAAAUCUGCUGCAAUGGAAUUGGUUGCAUUGAUUAAAAAUAUGGAUAUUGCCAAAAUAAAAGAAGUGUUUCUCCCCUGCCAAGGCCUACUUUGGUAUGAGUGGUGCAAAGUCAACAAAGAACUUUAUCAUCUAAAGGGAGACAUUGAGAAAGAAAAGGCUCAUAAAACUCAGCAACUGACGGAACUACGACAGAAACAGUGUGACGCGUCCAAUAGUGAACUAAUGAAGUCGUUCACUGAGAGCCUUAAAAGUUUGCCAACAAAAGCUGGAGAAUAUUUCUUGAAAUGGAACCGGAUCCUGAUAGAUGCCAUCUCCACAGAUGAUCUAUCUUCAAUUCUCCAAAAAUAUGAUGAAACAUGGUCAGAAGUCUUGGUUCUUAAGAAGAAAGAUAAAACUUCUGAAGAACUAAAUACAAAACAAGCUGAGCUUGAGCAGUUAUCCAAACAGCUUCAAUCAGCAACAUUUGGUCUUGAGCACAUGUUUAGAGAAAUGGGACAGAUUUAUGAAGCCCAUAAAUCUCUGAAGAAACCAGCAGAGGGACAACAGGCUGAAUGGACUAAAUACCCUGAACUGGCUGCAGAUCUGAUGAUAAAAGGACACCCAAUUGAGCUGAUGGAUGGUGAUGCAGGCCAUGUACCUUUGAUAUGGAUGUCUAGUCUUAUACAGGAGGUCAUCAAGAAGCUAGGUGACCAGAGAGUCUUUGUGCUGUCAGUUCUGGGCUUACAAAGUAGUGGAAAGUCAACAAUGCUGAAUGCCAUGUUUGGAUUGGAGUUUGCAGUGAGUGCUGGGAGGUGCACCAAAGGUGCCUACAUGCAGCUGGUUAAGCUGUCAGAGGAAAUCCAGAAAGACUACAGAUUUGACUAUAUUCUAGUUGUGGACACUGAAGGUCUGCGUGCUCUUGAGUUAGCAGGCAAUGUCACCCUUCAUCAUGAUAAUGAGCUUGCAACAUUUGUUGUUGGUCUAGGAAACUUGACACUGAUCAACAUCUUUGGUGAGAAUCCAGCUGAUAUGCAAGAUAUCUUACAGAUUGUUGUGCAGGCUUUCAUGAGGAUGAAGAAAGUCAAGCUUUCUCCAAGUUGUGUGUUUGUUCAUCAGAAUGUCACAGAUAUUGCAGCAGCUGUGAAAAACAUGGAUGGAAAAAGACGCCUGCAGGAGAAACUAGAUGCAAUGACUCAAUUAGCUGCUGAAGAGGAAGGGUGUGCUUUUGACUCCUUCAGUGAUGUCAUUUCAUUUGAUGUGCAAGAAGAUGUUACAUACUUUGCUCAAUUAUGGGAGGGAAGUCCACCAAUGGCUCCUCCAAAUCCAGGGUACAGUGAGAGUGUCCAAGAACUGAAGGCCUUCAUCCUGUCUAAGGCCUCAAAGUCUGAUGGCAUUCUUCUGUCACAUUUUGGUACCAAGAUCCAGGACUUGUGGAACGCCUUGAUGAAUGAACACUUUGUUUUUAGCUUCAAAAAUACUCAAGAAAUUGCAGUCUAUAGAGAACUGGAGGUGCAGUAUGGAAACUGGACCUGGGCCUUGAGAAGUGAGAUGCUGAAUGUUGAAAACCAGCUUUAUCCAAAAGUUGAAAAAGGUCAACUGGACAAAGUUGAGCUCACUGACCUUUCCAAUCAAAUGAGUAACACAUAUGAAGAAGUAAUGAAAAACAUGGAAGCCUAUUUUAGUGACGAUAAAAACAAAGAAAUGCUGGUUCAGUGGCAGGGUCGAUUUGAGAACAAAAUAAAAGACUUUCAUGAGGACAUUGUGAGAGACGUGAAAAGAAAACUGGAUGAAGUAAUUCAGCAGAAAAAUGCUCGAAAAAAGCUAGAUGACAAAAAGACAACUUUUGAGAACAAGCUGCUCCAGAAGAGCAAAGAGCUUGCUCACGAGUGCCUUGAAGAAGGUGAAGAGGAAUUAGAAGCACAGUUUGAUGCUGAUUGGAAUCACUGGGUUAAGGAACUAACGUCAGACACAAAACCUAUUGAAAACAUCAAUUUGCAAAGAGACCAGGUUAAUGUCCUUCGAGAUCUUGGUUUUGAACAGAAGCUCAUUGAAGACUCAAAAAAAACCCAGAGAUACAAAAACUUGUUAGAAAUUGGUAAUUACUCUGAUUACAUAACAGCAAAGAAGAACUUUGCAGGUUUCUUUGGUGAUUUGAAGAAAAUGGUUUUUGGAUUUAAAGAGCAAGAAGAUAUCAGAUCGCUCAUUAAGGAUGUUGAAAAAGAAUGUUUGGAUGCCCUUAAGAGCAAACCUGUUGCAACAAGAGGUUACACAUCAACCUACUUGUUAGACAUGGCUCAAAGCAUUAUAAAGCACAUAAAAGCAUUUGAAUCUGGAAGGAAUUAUGUAUUCAAGAAGGAGUUCACAGUUGAUCUUUCACUGUUUGUGUUCGACAUGGCAGAAAGUUGGCUCUUAAACUCCUACAAGACAUACAAAGACAACAAUGAUGUUCAUACUUAUUUAGAAACCAAGAAAAAUGAAUAUUACAGCAUUUUCCAAAGCUACUGUAAAGGAAGCUCUUCUGCUGUUGUGUUUGGAGAAAUGAUGUGUAAAAAACUCAAAGCCUCUGCUGUUGCAGCUGUCUGCAACCAGACUGGGGUUAAUAUCGCUAGUGAGAUGAGGAGCAGGGUCCCAGCAUUCAAUGGGAAUAGAGUGAACUUAGAGAAACAUUUCUUAAAGAGUAUGGCAGAGAAGGAAGACUUUAACAGUUUCAUCAUCUACUUCAGAAAUCCAAGAAAGCAACUGGAAGCCUUUAUUAAAGAAGAGGUGGAGAGAUACUUGUCUAAUAAGGAAAAAAUUAAUCCUCACACAAUUCUCAGCAAAAAUGUAGAUGACAUCAGCAGGGCCAUUGAUCAGGCUUUGUUUGAGGCAACAGAAGACGUGAAAAAGAAAGGAGGAGACAUAGAGAUGUGGGUGAAGGAGUUUUCCACCAAAUUAGAGCCAUUCUUAACAAUUGAUACCAUUAGUUGUCAAAACUUCAAGGACAUAAACAACUUUGACUUUCUUAAAGAAGAGAUGGAGAAAGGCCUUAAAAUAAUCACAAAGGAAAUGAACAAUCUCUCUCUGAAUGAACUGAAUAAAUGCAGGCAGAGGCCUGAACAAAUCCUCAUUGAUCAGUUGUGUAACUGCUGCUGGAAAACAUGUCCUUUCUGUUAUACAGUUUGCACCAAUACUCUAAAGGGCCACAGUCCUGAUAAGCACAGUGCUCUUUUUCAUCGACCCUGUGGGGCUAUUGGUUCCCAUUACAGAGGAACAGAUCAGCUGUACACAAAAUUCUGCACUACAGCUGUAGCAAGUGAUGAUGGUUUUUUCCCCGAUGAAUCAGACCGUACAGUUCUUUAUAAAGAGUAUGCAAAUGCUGGAGAAAGAUUUGCUGCAUGGAGCAUCACACCUGAUAACUCUACGCUGCCCUACUGGAAAUGGUUUGUCUGUCACUUUCAGACAAAACUGGAAGAAUACUAUGAAAUGAAAUUCGAUCGUCAUGGAGAAAUCCCUCAGCAGUGGAGAAUGUAUACUAAGGAAGAGGCCAUUAAGAGUCUAGAUGCAAUGUAAAAUCUGGGAGAAAAUGUGUCCCUCAAGUCGGAGAUUUUCUUGUCAACAGUAAUGAGAAAUACUGAUGUAAGAGAUGUUGCAAAAUGAAUAGAAAAGCAUUUGGUACAAACUUCCUGAUUUCAUUGUUCUGUAAGUUAAAGAAACUAGAAUAUCUUCAAGAAAACUUUUAAAUAUUUUUCCUUAUAUUAAUCUCGUAUAUUGUUGUUGUUUUCUUUGAUUGAUUUUUAAGUCACUCAAAGAUGGGAUUAAGAGUUAUGAUUUGAAGUAUAAAAUGAUAUUAAUAUUGAUGGUGGUUGUGUAAACAUCUUGCCUAUUUAUCUUGAUGUAAUGAACUU